AGGAAGAAAAAGACAUGAUUGGAGGCCUAAAUAUGAUGGUGGCACGCGCCUUGCGUCUUGCAUUCAUCGCCAGAUUAUUGAUCGCUAGAGCUUAUAUAUCACCAGGAUUUGGUCUUGGAAGGUUUAUUGACACUAUGACUUCAUUAGAAAAUCUUCAAUACAGAGUACACCAUGUUUGCACUCAAAAGGCUCUUCUACGGGUUCCCGGAGCCCUCCCCCCGGAUCCGCACCAAACCUCUGCAGGUGAUUUGCGUAGGACUGCCUAGAUCUGCGACUGAGGCUCUCAGUUGUGGCCUUCAGAAACUCGGGCUGGAAACGUAUCAUGGCUGGGACCUGGUGUUUGAGCAAGACGGCGCCCAGAUCCAACAUUGCUGGAAUCUGCUAAGACGAAAAUACGACGGUGCCCCCGACGGCGACGUUCACAUCACCAGCAGUGAAUUCGAUGUCCUGAUCGGGCACAGUGAGGCAGUUAUCGACACGGUCUCUUCUUUCUUCGCGGUGGAGCUCAUCGAAGCCUACCCGGACGCCAAGGUGAUUCUCAACACCCGCCGAGACCUCGACAAGUGGCAUCAGAGCAUCACCAAGGCACAUGUGCGUCGGGGGUACCAUUCCUGGGUUCUCUGGGUCCUGCAUAUCUUCUGCGCGGAUGUCCACUGGCUCUGGGAAAUAUACUUCAAGUACGGGUUUCCCCCAUUUUUCCGUAGCAUCAAUGGAAGCGCCAAGGAUGGCAUUGAGCGCAAUGGUAAAUGGGUCUAUCGUGACCACUGCAAUACCAUUCGUGGAAUGGUCUCCAAGGACCGAUUGCUGGAGUGGACAGUCGAGGAUGGCUGGGAGCCCAUUUGCAGUUUUCUGGAUCGACCGGUGCCCGACGAACCUUUCCCCAGAGCCAAUGACUUUUCCGCUUUCCAGAAAACGCUGGAGAGGUACAGUAAAGACCGGAUGCUGAGAUGUCUGCGCAAUGUUCUUUUGAUCGCGACCUCGGCGGGAGUGUUAACCGCAUCGAUUGUGUCUGGAGUAAAGAGGAGAGGAAUUCCGCGAUUCUGACUAGUUUGAUGAGAAGAUAUCAACUAUUGUGUUUAAUAUGGCGAAGACUCUCCUUACUACUCGCAUUAAAACAGGCUAUGGUUAUGACUUCUGCAUACCAAUAGCAGCUGGCUAGA